AAUGAAUAAUGGGAAAUAUUUUUCCUAUAAACUUAUCCCAAGAAGAGGUUGCCAAACGACAUUGCCAGUUCCAGGUAAAAAAGAUCAGCGAUGCAGGAUUCCGCAAGCCAUAUCUCCGGCAAACGGGUUUCAGGAACUUUUGUAUGUGACUCCAUAGACGCAAUGCAAUACAUGUUGUACAACAUUGGUAUUGAUGUAAUUGUGCCUUUCUCGUUAUGUAUGUACCUGUAUCAUGUUAUUCAUUGUGACUAAAAGUGCUUGCUGGUCACGUUCUGGUUUAUUUACUAGAAAUUUUCGCGUUAGAAUAACGCAAGAACAUGGAUUGGAAUAAGCUCCUGUCACUUACUUGGAUUUAGAGUUACACUAACAAUUUCUGUGUUCAGUUUUGCUUGGGAUAUUUUGUAUAACACCGAGAAACAUUUUACUACUAAUUUGUGUUCCUGGCCUAAGCUUUAUCUAUGAUGUCUGCUGACAUAGACAACCAGCCGUAUGAUAACGUUGAGUUUCCGGUCCGGCGUCCCGGCGGCCCCGUCGGCCACAGCCCCUGGGUCCCGCCGUCCAUGACCGCCACCCAGCGGGAGACGCUGGUCACGGGUGGCACCGCAACUCGGGAGCGGCCCGGCUACACCCUGGCACCGGUAGUCGAGGGCGGAGGAGGGGAGGAGGAGGCAGAAGAGGUAAAGGUUGAGGACCAACGAAGGACGGUCGGCAUCACCUCCACAACGACAAACAGCACGACCACUGGAAAUCAGAACGUCAUCACGACGCCACCACGGACGUCCAAUGUCAAUCACGCUACAUCGCCGAGCAGAGAUCAAAGCCAGUCACUUACAAGCACAGACAAACGUGCCAACCAGUCACAAACGUUACCGCGCCAGGUGACUAGUAAACCCCCACCUUCACCGUCACAUGAAAGUAGGAUUUCCUUCGACCAAUCACGUCAAGCGGAGGAGUUUACGUGGAGCGCGUUCACUCCAAGGUCACAAGACGUUUUUGAGGAUGCGUACACGAGACACAAGUACUUUUACAAAUUUAGUGACAAAGUGUUGAAACAGGGGACGAAGAUGAAAGCCUCGGUGUGGGACAGCCCCGGAAAACCGGGAGAGACCUUGACCUACGAACAACUCCUUCAAGGCGUGUUGACGGAAGGUGAGCGGUUGCUGCUGGGGGGAAGCUGGCUCUACUUCCGAGACGUGGAGUUUUUCGAGCCGGAGUGCUCACGCCACAUCCGCCCGCCCCUGGGGGAGGGUCGAAUAUGCCUUACUAACCUCCGGAUGCUUCUGCUGUGUGCGGAAAUGGCUCCAGAUGCGAGUAUAUCCGAGUUCGGGGCCGGGAAAGAGCAGGGCGGAUACAAGCUAGCCGUGUCCAAGGUGAACCACGUGUUUUUCCAGAACAUUCCCAUCGACUGUUUCGAGAGCGUCGAGCUAAGUUCCAGUGUGGGUACACGGGCAGAGAGCAAGCUCAAGGAACGGAAGCCCGCCUGUUGCGGGAUCUUCUCCUGUAUAGGGGUUGGUAGAUGCGGUUUCACAUGGGAUGCAACCCCGCCCCUGCCAAUCAACAUCGUGAAGAGAGUUAUCCGCCUUGGCGUGUACCUGCCCCCGUGGCGCACUCCGGCCAUCAUGAUUGUGCACCUGCACCCCAAGAUGUCUCUGACGUCCGCCCGUGAUUUCGUCACCCAAUUACAGAACCACGUGCCACAGAUGCAGUACAACGUGAGGCACGGUGCGACUGUACUCUAGUCAUGGCACGUGCUCAUUGUCAGACUGGUUCAUUUUCAUUUCGUGAAUAAGAAAUGUUUGACAUAAUUGAUUUAAGUUUAAAGCUUUUGAUAUGUAUACGAAUGUAAGCGAAGUUUGAAUAUGUUUUAUUAAAUAUUAAACGAUUCAUUCUGUCAGAAUAUUUAGCGCCUGCUUCUUCUGUAUGAAAUUUUUAUGACGAAAUAAAGUGUGGCAAAUCAUAA